CUCCAGGUUGAAUAUGCCAAUACUAAAAGUUUAUUUGUCGAUCACUUGGAGUUUGCCUGUGUGUUUGAGAAGGAGAGAUGGCACGGCGGAGAAGUGUAUUACACUUUUUGAUCACGCUGGUGGUUCUUGCCGGAGCUGGGAAAGGUCAACUGGUUGAGAAUUUCUAUGCGGGAACCUGUCCGAUGGUGGAAGCGAUCGUGAGACAGACGGUGGUCACAAAGGUCGGCCAGACGUUUACAACAAUUCCGGCCACUCUUCGUCUCUUUUUCCAUGACUGUUUUGUUGAGGGAUGUGAUGCUUCUGUUAUGAUCUCAUCACCGAACGGAGACGCCGAGAAGGAUGCGGAGGACAAUCUUUCGCUCGCUGGCGAUGGGUUCGAUACAGUUAUCAAAGCUAAACAAGCGGUCGAGUCUGUUUGCCCUGGUGUCGUGUCGUGUGCCGACGUUUUAGCCAUUGCCGCUCGAGAUGUGGUGGCCCAGGCUGGGGGGCCUCUCUUUAACGUGGAAUUAGGUCGACGAGAUGGACUUAUUUCACAAGCAUCACGAGUGGCCGGAAACCUACCGGAUCCAACCUUCAAUCUCAUUCAACUCAACACCAUGUUUGCAAAGAAACAACCUCACAGAACUUCACAUGCCUCCACGGUUGACCCUUCUUUAAAUCCCACCUACGCUCAACAAUUAAUGGCUGCUUGCCCUCAAAAUGUAGAUCCUGAUAUUGCUAUAGAUAUGGAUCCCGAAACUCCUCGGACUUUUGAUAACAUUUAUUACCAGAACUUAAUAGCAGGGAAAGGUUUGUUUACAUCAGAUGAAGUUCUUUUUACAGACUCGUCGUCUCAGCCAACGGUAAAUGAUUUUGCAAACAGUCCUGGGGAUUUUAACGCGGCGUUUGUAACUGCUAUGAGGAAGCUUGGGCGGACCGGCAUAAAAAUCGGCAUCCAGGGGGAAAUAAGAAGGGACUGCACAUCUUUUAACUGA